GUUCAGCCCAAGAACAAGGAAAUACUAUAAUAGGAGUGCAGCAGUACGUGUUUACGUUAGAACUGCAAGGGAAAAUGUUAUAAACUAAAUGAUAUAUUCAUCGGUCGUGUGUCAUAUCGAAUAUAUUGUGAACCUUUAUAUACAUGUACAUAAAACUUGUUGUGACAAGAAAUGUGAAUGUUUUAAGAUUAUAAAGAAGACUUUCCAUCAUUGCACAGCGGAUCGGGACAAUCAGGAAGCCGUGGUUAGACAACAUUAUGAUAAAAGCAAGAUGGAUAAUACCAUGCCAUACCAAGACAAACAAGGAAGGACUUGUGGAUUUCUAAACAUCCUUGAAAAAGAGUCCUCUACCAACUCGAAGAGGAGAUACUUUGUUCUUGAACCUCGUGAUGAGUUGUUGAAAUACUAUCUUGAUAACCCUAAUAAUUUGGCUUCAGAUCAGCAAUACCCAUGUGGGGAAAUCAGUACUACUGUUAUAUCAAAGGUUAGUGAAGUUUCCAAGAAACAGAAACCAAAACUGAAUUCCUGCUUUGUGAUUAAUCAUGCAGGCAAAGCGUUAUAUCUACAAGCAGAGUCUGCUGAAGAUAUGCAUGGAUGGGUGUAUGCCUUGAAUAACGUCAGUAAAAUAACAGUUCCUGUAGAGGAAUCCAAGCAUCUAAAUGACCCUGAAGCAGGCUACAAGACAGAGAUUGCUGGAGGAGUCCCCAUCAAAAUUCCAAUUAGGAAUGAGAACUCUAAUGACUCGAAUCCCUCCAGUGAGAGCGAGGAGAGCAAUGACAAUACCAGGAUUGUGGCUGGUUCACAGAACGCAGUCAAGAAAGGUUACUGUGUCAAACAGGGAGGCGUGAGGAAAAACUGGAAGAGGAGGUAUUUUGUUGUGAAUGACAAAAGCUUAGCAUAUUACAGUAAUGACCAGUCAGAAGAACCUUUAAGAUUAAUUUCAAAAAAUGACAUCGUAGAUGUACGGAAAGCAAAUACAUCACCUGGCAUGAGGGACAAUCUAUUUGAAGUUGUUACAACUAAAAGAACUUUUUAUAUACAGUGUGACACCCCAGAAGAUGUACAAGAGUGGAUAGCAGCUAUAGAGACUCUGGUCACCAACCAAACAUCGCACAGGAAAAGUGACACUGUAGAUUCCAGCGAAGUUGAUCUCACUGUGACCAAAGUCUUCCCUCAGAACAAAUGGGAUGACCGGUUUAGCAAGUCCAUGUUUGUUAAGAAACCAAGCCCGCUCAGCACAGAACCACGGAAAGACACAACUCUGCCCCACGUCACAUCCGGUCAGAGGGGGCCACGGAUGGGGGUUUAUUAUCCAUCCAAACAGAGCAUCAUUAACCAGAAGCAACCGGAUCCUCAUCCUGCUGUUGGUUCGUCUGAGCAUGCGCUACCACGUGGUCUGGUCCAAGAGGAUGUUGACGCACAGCGAAGGGCAGAGAAACCCGAACCAAAAGGAAAAGCGCCGCUCAAAAAACAACGAAGUUGGUUCCUGUGGUAGACCCCACACCCCUUUUAAUUUUCAUGUUGCGGUAUCCUUCAAAGGGUCCAUUUUAAACAUCUUGGAAGUUUUCACUGUUUUUCCGAGGAAUGGUUCAGUUAUCAAUUUAUUUAUAAAAAAAUGUAUGGCGAUUUCUAUUUUUUUCGUAUGGUACAAACGCACAUUUACCAAAAGGGUAACUGUAGAGCCUUAAAAUACUCUUUUCCUAUUUACAGUUGUAAGAGUAUAAUUGUUUAAUUUUUAGAUGCUUCACUCUUUUUUCUAGCACAGUUCAAACACACUUAAUUUUACCGCAACGCAUUGAGUCGAAUAAGAGUGCAUUAUUUACAUAGUACAUUCAGUACUACAUUUUCGUAACACAGGGUGAUAUUUUCGUGAAUUAAAUGUCUUUAUUUGUUUAGUUUUGCUCUGUUGUCGGCCCUUUAGUUACUCUCAUUUCCUAUACCGUUUGAUAUAUGUUUGGUAUUGAUGUUGUUGCUUUGACCUACUCAAUACCUACAUGUACAUUUAUAUUGUUUACAUUUUGUCUAUUUCUGUUUAGCUGGUCAAUGCAACAAAAUUUUUAAGUCGAUUCUAUCGUCCCUUUAAUUGCUAUAGAAACACUUUUAAAAUAAAACAAAUGGUUGUUUACAAUCGCAAGUUUGUUUUAAAACUCAUCAUUGAAAAGGUUUAACAAGAAAUAUUCCUGUUUACAAUUCCGUGCAUUCAUGUUACUUUGUGUGUAAGCAAUUGAAUGUGUCAGCACUCUAAUAAAGGUUUAGUUGUAAAACAUGGGAGGCCACACCAUCCUUGCCUUGUUUUUAGCUAUUAAACGUGAAAUAAGAGUUCUAUUAAGGCCACUGACUGGCCGCACCCUCAUAGAGGACACUGACCUACAUUUCCACAUAUUCCGGGUCAAAAUAUUGAUAAACUUUUUCAAAUUUCCACUAAAACAACUAUAAGAUUGUCAGCUACAUUGUUAUGCAGUGAUUUAUUCUCUUUAUAAUGUGUACAUGUACAUAUAUAAAAAUAAAAUAUAUAAUGUUACAGAUGAGAUAAAUACAAUGAAAAUUGUACGUGCCAUGUUAAACAUAAUUAUGUCCUUAUAUUGUAUACUUGUGAUCAAUAUGUAUCUGAAUGCUCUAUUGUGGAUCAGCUUUCCAUAGAUCUUUGUGUUAUGAAUUUCUGUCUCCUUGUUUUCUUGUUGCUUCUGGUUUAUUUUACAUGUUUAUUUUAUGGAUUAACAAAAUAAAUUGAAAAACCUGAGAAAUGUGACAUCCUAUUUGCAUAUCAUGAAUAAUAAGGGGUUUCUUUCUACAUAACUAUGAGAUUAAGUCUGCAAAACCUUGACAAGAAAAUUUUACAACCCACACACUAAUUUGAGAGAG